UCGUAGAGGAUCUGCGCCCCCUGCAGACCUCCUCCUCUCCGAGCUUCUUCUUGCAGUCCGACUUGUUUCUGUCACCAUGUUGAAGUUGAGCUGCUCACUGAGGUCCGCCGCGGGCCUCCUCAGACCCACUGCUGCUGCCGCCGCCGCACAGCCACAGGCGCGCUUCGGAACCGGCCCCCAGCAGGAACACAGAACCUUCUACGAGUUCCGCACCUACUGCAUCCGCCCGGAGCAGAACGCAGCCUUCCUCAAGCUGACCGCUGAGAAGAUCCACCUGCGCACCGCCCACUCUGAGCUGAUUGGCUACUGGAGCAUUGAGUAUGGCGGCCUGAAUAAGGUCUUCCAUAUAUGGAAAUAUGACAGUUACUCCCAGCGGGCGGCGGUCAGGGCGGCGCUGGCUCAGGACCCUUCCUGGGUGUCGGAGUAUCUCUCCAAGGCCUUACCGAUGCUGGCAUCACAGGACAACGAGGUCACCUACAUGGUUCCUUGGAGCCGCCUGCAGAGUCCGCCGAAGGAGGGUGGUGUGUACGAGCUGGCUACCUUCCAGAUGCGACCCGGUGGUCCGGCCGUUUGGGGUAAGGCCUUCCAGGCCGCCGUCAAUUCCCGGGAUGCACCUGGGUACGGCAGGCUCGUAGGAGCUUUCCACUCCGAGUUUGGACUGCUAAAUAGAGUUCACGCCCUCUGGUGGUUCGAGAGUCCCGACCAUAGAGCUGAAAUUCGACACACGGCUCACCACGACGCCAGAGUGGUCGCUGCAGUUAGGAACAAUGUUGUCAAUCUGGACUCUCAGAGGAAUCAGCUCAUGUUCCCGUGUCCUUUCUCUCCUCUGAAGUAACUUCCUGUCCUGAUGCCUGCGCCUCACCUGGAACAAAGUUUAGCAUGUUCACCUGAGCUUUAGUUUGACCCACGUGGGUCUCUGUAGAGCUCCGCCCCUUUCCCUUGAUGAACCAAUCAUAGUUCAGCAGCUCAAAUAUCUGAUAAUCACUGAACUAUCAGACUAUUCAGCUUCGCCAGGAGUGAGUCAGUGACAGCGACAGCAUCCAAUCCCGCGGUGUGACUGAAAGGUGGGCGGGGCUUCUCUCUGCUUUACAUUAACUUUAAAGCUGCAAAGUGUGAAAAUAACUGGGAAAUAAAUGUGACUCAGACUCUGUGGACUGUUUUUCCUCAUGCAGGGAAUUAUUUUCCACAGCUGAUGAUUUACAAGUCAUUUUAAAGCCAUUUUAAGCCUUGAGGUGAUUGUUGUGAUUUGACAUUAUAUAAGUAAAAUAUAUAAAUAAAAUUAGAUGUAAUUGAAUUGAAACCUAUAUAUACAAUAAUAUUUGGAAUGGUUUGCCCCUCAGCAUCCACUGACCCCACGCUG